UAUCUUGAAAAAGCCCUUGAAAUUCGACAACAAUCACUUCCUUCCAGUCAUCUUGAUUUGGCUUAUUCCUACGGCAACAUUGGUCAAGUGCACAGAAACAUGUGUAAUUAUCCGAAAGCACUUUCACAUUAUGAAAAAGCCCUUGAAAUUAAACAAAAAUCACUACCUCUCAAUCAUCCUGGUCUAGCUUCUUCCUAUAACAACAUUGGUAAUAUGCAUAAAACCAUGGGUGAUUAUCCGACAGCACUUUCAUCUCAUGAGAAAGCCCUUGAAAUUUGCCAACAAUCACUUCCUUCCAAUCAUCCUGAUUUUGCAAUUUCGUACAAUAACAUUGGUAAUGUGCAUUUCAACAUGGGUAAUUAUUCAAAAGCACUUCCUUAUCUUGAAAAAGCCCUUGAAAUUUGGCAACAAUCACUUCCUUCCAGUCAUCUUCAUUUGGCUUAUUCCUACGGCAACAUUGGUCAAGUGCAUAGAAACAUGGGUAAUUAUCCGAACGCACUUUCGUCUCAUGAAAAAGUCCUUGAAAUUUUGCAAGAAUCACUUCGUCCCAAUCAUCCUCCACUUUCGUCUCAUGAAAAAGCCCUUGAAAUUUUGCAAGAAUCACUUCGUCCCAAUCAUCCUCAUUUGGCUUAUUCGUACGGGCACAUUGGUUCAGUGUAUAACCACAUGGGUAAUUAUCCAAAAGCACUUUCAUCUCAUGAAAAAGCGCUUGAAAUUUGGCAACAAUUACUUCCUCCUAAUCAUCCUAAUUUGGUUGCUUCUUACAACAGUAUUGGUGAAGUGCAUAGAAGCAUGGGUAAUUAUCCGAAAGCACUUCCAUCUCUCGAAAAAGCCUUUGAAAUUCAACAACAAUCACUUUCCUCCCAAUCAUCCUAA